ACCGGAACCCUCGCCGCCGCGCCCCGUCGCACUGGGGGAAUGCGCUUGGGUGCAGGACGAGCGGUGUGCGAGUACCGCGGUUCCUGUUCCGGUUUUGACCCGGCUAGGAGGAGGUGCGCGAUCCCGGCCUGCGGAGGUACCACCAGCUGGUGUCUGCUGCCGCGAUGCCAUUGCCACACGUGGGGAUGGCUCUCCGGCGCCUAGCCUGGGCUGUGGCUUCCCGCCGGCUGGCCCCCUGGACACGUGGAGCAAGUGGCCUCCUGCACUCGGCCCCGGCCGCACACUCAGACUGCAGUGCCCCGGUCUUCAGCCGCGCCCCAGCCUUUGGGGACAGGCUCGCCCUCGUCGACCAGCAUGGCCGCCACACGUAUAAGGACCUCUACUCGCGCAGCCUCCGCCUAUCCCGGGAGAUCUGCCAGCUCCGCGCGCGUGCCGACGGGGACCUCCAGGAGGAGCGGGUCUCCCUCCUGUGCUCCAACGACGUCUCCUUUGUGGUGGCGCAGUGGGCCGCGUGGAUGAGCGGCGGUGUGGCUGUCCCCCUCUACAGGAAGCACCCCCGGGCCCAGCUGGAGUACUUCAUCCAGGACUCGGGCAGCUCCGUGGUCCUUGCUGGCCCGGAGUACGUGGAGCUUCUAAGCCCGGUGGCCCAGAAGCUCGGAGUCCCGCUCCUGCCUCUCCCGCCCACAGUCUACCAUGGGGUGGCCAAGGACCCUGAAGAGGGCCUGGUGCUGGAGCGGAACUGGAGAGACCGGGGUGCCAUGAUCAUCUACACCAGUGGGACCACGGGGAGGCCCAAGGGCGUCCUGAGCACCCACGACAACAUCAGGGCCGUGGUGACGGGGCUGGUCCACAAGUGGGCCUGGACAAAGGAUGACGUGAUCCUCCAUGUCCUCCCGCUGCACCACGUCCACGGCGUGGUCAACAAGCUGCUGUGCCCUCUCUGGGUAGGGGCCACCUGUGUGAUGCUACCCGAGUUCAGUGCUCAGUUGGUUUGGGAGAAGUUCUUAAGUUCUGAAGCUCCCCGGAUUAAUGUAUUUAUGGCAGUGCCUACCAUCUACAGCAAGUUGAUGGAUUAUUAUGACAAGCAUUUUACCCAGCCUCAUGUCCAGGAUUUUGUGCGUGCAGUUUGUGAAGAAAAAAUCAGGUUGAUGGUCUCGGGCUCUGCUGCGCUGCCCCUGCCGGUGCUGGAGAAAUGGAAGGGCAUCACCGGCCACACUCUGCUGGAGAGGUACGGGAUGACGGAGAUUGGCAUGGCCCUGUCCAACCCCCUGACCACAGCUCGCCUGCCAGGCUCUGUGGGGACCCCGCUGCCCGGUGUUGAGGUGCGCAUUGUGUCGGAAAACCCACAGAAGGACGGCUCCCCCUACCUUAUCCAUGCAGAGGGAAAUGAGGAGAACACCAAGGUGACCCCAGGGUUCGAGGAGAAGGAGGGCGAACUCCUGGUCAGGGGGUCUUCUGUGUUUCGAGAAUACUGGGACAAGCCGGAGGAAACGAAAGCUGCCUUCACCUCAGACGGCUGGUUCAAAACAGAGGAGAUCUCCUGGGGCUUCUCUGGUGGCCCAGGAGUAAAGAAUCUGCCUGCCAACAGAGACACGGAUCCAUCUCUGACUCGGGAGGAUCCCACAUGCCGUGGAGGAGCUGAGCCCGUGUACCCUAGAACCCAGGCUCUGCAUAAGAGAGGCCACCACAGUGAGAGGUCCGCUCGCUCACCACAACUAGAGAAAAGCCUGCCACCAGUGAAGACCCACACAGUCACAGUUAAAUUAAGCGUAUGAAAAAAGAGACAAAGUCUCUACCCUUUAAAGGUCUCAUCACACAGUUUGCUGUUAGUGACAUAGGAGAUGGAACAUCCCUGAUGAUAAAUCCACACAUUUGUGGAAGAAGCUCAGGUAACUGGGGAAGGGUGCGUAAGAAGCCCACCAGAAUGUAACAGGGUACCUGGCACUGAGUUGAUAAUCCCUUUUUCUUCUGUUAACGAAAACAAAAUGAUAUUAUCAGAGAAAAACUUUAAAGGGUAUUUAUCUAAGAAAGAACGUUCACCAGCAGAAAACAUAAGGGAGCCGUUCCGUGGCCCUGUGCAUACUCAGCUGAGCGUGGGGUCCACUGAGAGGUUGGGGAGCCCGGGACCUGAGGGCUGACCCAGGCUGAGAGAGUGGCCCCCUGCGCCCAGAGCCCAGGAGGAAAAUAAGGCCAAAGGCAGGCGGAGGGGAAGUGCGGUCGGCCAUAAAAAUGCAGAAACUGUUUCACUUCCCAGUGGUGAAAGGCAAGUAUGGAGACAGACUCCAUCCACCAAACUGGCAGAGACUCUUCCGGAGCUGACGCUCAGUGCUGUGAGGUCGGUGCUUGGCUCCCGCGGGCGGGGUGCAUGUCAGGAGGUCUCCUGGGAAUCCAUUCACAGACAGAGGUGUAGGCUCCGAUGUUUAUAGACCCCUUGUUUGCUGCUGGGUUCAUGGGCACCUCGGGUGCGUCCAACCUGCAGAAGAUUGCGAGCCUUCCGCACCCACGGCCCAAGUGAUCCCGGCCUCAGGGAGCCCUGCUGGCAUGUGCCACACACGUGUGUCCGCGGGCAUGCGCGGCCAUCAUGGACGGGUUUGCGCACCAUGCGCAGGACACUGGCUGCUGUCUCUGCAUGAUUCCCUCUAGUCCUUUGUUUCUCUGGGCAGAAUUUCCUGGGUGAGCUCCGCCGCCACAGGUGAGGGUGAAAGGCUCUCAGUUGUCUGAGACAAAGGCCCCCCUGCCUGGCGCUCACCCUGCGCCAGGCUCACCUGCCCCGUGCUCACCCGGUGCACACUGAGCUCUGACACAUUUAUUCCGUAACCUGUGCAUCCGUUGUGACCAACAACAGUCAGGAAUCAGGCAGCGUAUUGAUCAGGCACGGUUUCUUGUUAGGGUGUGACAGCGCGUGUAGCUAGAGGAUGUCGACCCCUUUGCAUCUGCUGACCGUGAAUGAUUAGCACAUGCCCGCCCCCCGGCAGGGCCCUCCAGACCCCCAGGACGUGUGGUGCAGGCAGGCUGCUGACCCACUGGCCCCCGCCACCCCGCGGGGCACAGCCCGUGCGGCGGCCUGUGGUGCUGCCUGGCGGCCGUCCCUUUGUGUGGGCUUCAGUUUGUGUCUUGUGUGAAACCCUUUGUUCCCCGGUGGUCGCCGAGACCUGCUUCUCUGUGUUCUUCUGGCACACCCUGCUUUGCUUCACCUGGCACGGCUCCUGUGUGGACGGUGGGUCCCAUCCCGUCUCACUCCUGCUGGGCCUCCGUGCUGCCCUUUGGCCUCCGUGUCUGCCCAGGCUGGCCCAGGCCUCUGGGCAGAGGGUCCUUGUUUUCAUCAAGGUCCCAUACGGGCAGCUGGGAGACUCCAGCCGUCUGUCAGGUUUGAGGAGGAGCCCUCGUACCCCAGCUGUGUCCAUGCUGGCGGCUGCAGGCCGCCCAGGGACUGCCAGACAGUGGACACACUGUUCGGGGCUUCCUGAGUUGGGGUGCUCGUCUGUCCAGCCCCCCAAGAGAUCCCCCAGUGCUCCCCCUCCCCCACACCAGCAUACAGCUCCCACCCACCUCCUCCUUCCUCCAGGGUCACGUCUGUCCCUGCAGCCCUGCGUCCUCCUCCUCGGCUCGGGCCGUGUUCCCAGGAGCCUCUGAAGUGGGCAGCAGGAGGUGCACUCUGGAGAGCUGUGUCACCGGCAUACUUGUCUGGCUGGGCCGGGCUGGGCACAGAGCUCUAGUGUCCAGCUUCCAGGGGCACUGCUGGCCGCAGCCGUGUUGCUCCUGGUGCGUCGUGACCUUUCCCCUAUCUCGAGUCCCUUUGCCCUGGGAGCCCUUUGGUCGACAAGCCCCCUGCCUCCGGGGUUCUGACUGUCCUCAUCUGGCUAGCGCGCUUGAUGGCUGCGUUCUCCUCUCUGAUGUCCAGCGGGGGUUGGGGGCUGAGAGCAGGAGGUGGGUUGGGCGUGGGUUCUGUGCUGCUGUCCACCCUCUCUGUCCCCAGAGUGCAAGCGGCGGCCAUGCACUGAGGGCCAGUGCCCCUGCGCCCUGCUCUCAGCCAUCCUCUGCGCCUCCCCCAGGGCACCUGCCAGCCCGGCCGUAAAUGACCCGCAGAGUCUGUCUACCUGCCUUCCAGCUGCCAGUCUUCUCCCCAACACGCCCUCUCCCGUCCCCUCUGCAUAGCUUUGGUGCCUUAAAAAAACCAGUUGCUGUUGACUUUAUUCCAAGAGGGAGCGAUCUGAGCUGUGUGUUGAGGCAGGCCCCGCUCAAGGGAGGUGUCGUGUGUCUGUUUUCCUUCUCCUGUUCUUCUUGGCCUCCUGCUGCGCCAUGCCGAGGGGCGCAGACCCACCGGGACCUUCUGCCUCCAUCCUCAUGUUCUGCGUCCGUCUGUCUGUCUCAAAUCUCUGUCUUCCUCCCUCUUAUGAGGAUGUUGUGACCAGUUUGAGGCCACCGGGGAAUCGAGGACCUCCGUGACGUGUAUCCUUACUUCCUGCCUGACGGUGACCCCGGGGAGUAGCAGGGCCUCCCUCACUCAGCACACAGACCCGGGACCUCCCCAGUCCGUCGUCCGUGUGACCUUCCACCAGCCCUGCCAUCUCGGGGCUGGCUUUGCUCAAAGACCCUAGUCUCAGUGCUCUUCAUGUGGCUGGAGGAGGUCAUUAAGUGGACCACCUGGCAUGCAGGGUCGAGGCAGGGUGGCAGGCAGCUGGUGAGGCCAUGGGAGUGAUGUCUGAGAGGAGUGGCGGACAGGUGGAGAAGCAGACACUGCAGGUGGGCGGUGGGUGUGAGCGCCCCUGGGCGAGGGGCAUGGCUGGGGGUCUGCUGGAGGACGUGGGUGUGGCUGUUGGGAGCUCUCGCCCUGGGUUUAGUUGACAUCAGAGCAAGGAGGGUGCAGGUGUUGUGGCCAGGGGCCCUGAGGCCACCUUAGCCUUGGUGUGGGCAUUUGGGGUGUCCCUGGCAGGACCAAGUGUGGGACGCGGAGCCCAGGGUAGGGAGUGACCCCCACACCCCUGGGUCUCUGGCAGGCGGAGGCCAGUGGGAGCCAGGUCUGGAAGCCACAGGAGGGACCACCCUGGGCUGGGGUUGAUACUCAGGGAUGGAGAAGCCGUCCAGUGUGGAGGGGACACGGCCAGAGCCAGAGCCGCAUAGCAGGGGCCCUGGUGGGCCUCAGGGGAUGGGGCACCCUGCGUCCUGUCCCUGCAACCUGCCUGUCACUCCUGUCACACGUGUCCUUCCCCGCCAUCCACCUACCCAUCACGCAUCCAGGAACCGCGGUGGCUCCCAGGGCCUCCCGUUCAUCCUGCCUCAUGUUGGGCAGGAGGGCCCCCACCUCAGGAGCCCAGCUCCCGCCGCGGCCAGCCGGGCACAGCCAUCCAUCUUGUUUAAUAGGCUGGAGCACCCCGCGCGGCUGGGCUCCGGGAGAGCGAGCUGAUGGAUGGGCCUCCUGCGUUGGACGGCAAUGUAUCAUGAAAUAUUGAUUUAUUCCAGCUAAUCACCCGCGUGAAGUGUGUGAGAGCAGACGGUGGUGCGUCAGUGCGGCUCUCAGAGCACGGGCGGGCGUUCCCAUGUGCCCAGUCUCACACAUGCGUGCACACUUGUGUGAGCGCGCUCACCCUCAGCCCUGCUCCCCCUGUGCCCACGAUGCCCCAGCAGGCAUGUGCCCCGUGCCCUUGCUGGGGUGGGAAGUACCCACACUGAGCGUGGCGGGGGGGGGGGGUCCCUUCCUCCUGCCAGAUCCCCCACGUGACACCAUGUGUGGCCCACGCCCUGUCGGGAAGGGUCUACCCUGAUGCCCACUCCAGGCCCUUCUGUGGCUGGAACCCAGGGAGGCCCCAUGGGUUGUAUCUCCUGCCUCUGUGGUCCUGGGAAGCUGUGGGCUAUUUCACGAUGGUCCUUGUGGGAUGUGGCUGCAUAGGCGUCUGUGUGGGCAUCAUGCAAGGCGCCAGCUGUCCACGUGGCACUGGCCGGCUUGUUCCAGAGAGAUGUAGAUGCCCCGAGACACAGGGCCACACCCAACCAGCUGACCCAGGCCUCUCCCCAGGUGACACGGCAGUGUUCAAGGAUGGCAGCUACUGGAUCCGUGGC